UAACAGUUUGCUGAACUAGUAUGUGAUGACCAAGUACAUUGAAGAUUUUUAUGGUCAGUAUUGCAUUCAGCGCAUCAAAUCUGUCGAUGAAUACUAUCAACCCAAACUGCGAGAUUCGCGCGUGUUGUCAUCGGGUGAUUGGAUCAAGUCGAAGAUCCACGCAGUUGAUGAUUCCAUCGACUACAAACACAGUGAUGAUGUACUGACUUUGGCAAGGACGGAUACACGUAUAUAUUGCAAUAUCAAUUCAAUGAAGUGGAUAAACCGGAGAUGCUUGAAGACCAAGAUUUAUUUCAACAAGCAAACGUUGAACGCAGUGUGGAAUACAUCCUUGCAGCUAACUCUUAAGAUGAGCGAUUGCAUAAUUUAUGCACGAUGAUUCGAAGUGAUUGGUUCUGCAACAACCAAAACGUAUGGAACCUUGCUGAAUUUUUUGCUCGUCAACCUUAUAUUGAUUGGUAUUUGAUGCGCAAGACCUAUGUGCUCAGACAGAAAGGAGAGGUUUUUAACAUGGAGUUUACUACCAAAAAAAUUGAUGGAUAGUUUGAUUUCAAGUGUAAUCCAUCACUGACCGAAGACAAGCUGAAAGGGGUUGCUGCUGGCUGUAAUCCUGCUGCAUACAAGAAAUGGAGCCUAAUAAAACUUUCACUUCGAAGACGUUUGAGCUUUCUACACUUGAUCAUGAUUUCGAAUUGACAUUCAUAUCUGAGCGGAUGUCGGCAUAACAAACCCAACUCGUGGAACUUGUCGAGCAUGCGUUCAGCCAAUGUAAUACAUCAUUUGAGAUUGAUGUAUUCGAGAAUUGGGCGAAAAAGCAUCUAGUGAUCGAGAACAAACCAAGGGGUCACUUUGAUCUAAAUUUCAGUGCUUCCGAGAAGAUAUUGAAAGCUACAAACUUCAAGUCUCUUCAUUUGCUGAAACGAUUUGCGCCCUACUUCAUCCAAAAGCUCUAUGCCCUUAAAGGAUCAGAUAUCACCGACUACAAGCGUAAGCUAAAAGAGGACGAUAAUUUUGUGAUCAAGGCAUAUGAUCCAAAGUACUUCUUCAAGGUGAAAAUCCAGUUCAUUGAAAACAAGAAGCCACGUAUCACCCUGUCUGACCUUCUCAAUAUUUCACAAGUUUGCAAAUACUGUCUGCAAAUGGGAACAUGAUCCAGAUGAUAUGGAGACAUUCAGCUUAGCAAAUCUACUGCUGGCAAAGAAUCUGCACGAAGAAAUUACCAAAUCUGACUUGCACCCAGUACCAGUCGAUUACUUGAAGCGUACUAUUUGUUUCAACCACCCUGAGGUACCAGUAGUUGACGGAAUAUACUGGUAGCCUUUGUCACUAUCCAGACAUCAAAACAAGAUAUACCCGUGACGUAUUUAAUGGAGAAGCAGAUUGGCAAGUCGAAGUUCUUCAAGCUCCUUACUGGUCUUCUGGAAAUAGCAAAUACUCACAUGACUCAGCAUCUCACCAAUGACCUUGGAGAGCAUGGAACUCCACAACUUUGACAUAAAAUGUGCUGGUUUGAAGAAAUUGCUGGUUAUAAGCGCUUUUCUAAUUGAUUGAAGCAAAUGAAGUGAGCUAUCACGGAUUCCCUGAAAUUUAGUCGAAAACUAUACAAUGAAGAAGAAAUACAUGUGAAUUUAUUAGUCCUUCCAACAACUAGAUUGGCAUUGUCGACGACGAAAUGACAAUGUUCGAUGCAAAUUCGGCGGACAGCACAACAAGAUCUAUUAUGACAGGCUGAUUGGGAAAGUAAUUAAGAGUGAGAACGAGAUGAACAAAUUCUGCACAUAUUUGAAGCAGUUUACCAAUUCCAAGCCAAAAUCCUUCUUCCGAACGUCUAUCUAUGAUUCUAAGACAGCUGUAGCAAUGAAGGCAUUGUAAACUAUGUCAAUGAACGUAAGGAAUCGGGUCUUAAUGGAUUCGUACACACUGAAUCGCAAAGCCAAUAUCGCGUGGAGAGAGAGCCAUUAUGUAUCAGCACUAUUAAAGGUGGUGUGAGGUAGCAGGUGAGGUCCCCAAUAAUCGCUCGGAAUUUCGUAAGAAGAUCUUGAAGUUGGACAAGCGUAUCACAUUCAAGCGAUACAAGAAAGUGGAGCCACUCCUUAUUGAUUCUUCUUUCCUAUCGACUUGAAUUAGCAUCUCGAAGUAACAAUACGGCGAUUGCGUCGAGGUUGAGCCAUGCCGACGAUCUUUUUGGUUUAGGUGACAUCGUCCACUCAAGCACUGCAUAAAUUGAUAUCUU